AUGUCGACUACGGAAACCGCCACGCCCAUUGGCAUUGCCAAUGUUGCUGGAGAGUCAGGAUUGGGAAAGACGACCUUCAUCAACACUCUUUUCUCCACCACCAUUAAGAACUACGCCGACCACAAGCGCCGCCACCAGAAGCAGGUUGACCGGACCGUGGAGAUCGAGAUCACCAAGGCUGAGCUCGAGGAGAAGUUCUUCAAGGUUCGCCUGACCGUUAUUGAUACCCCUGGAUUCGGAGACUACGUGAACAACCGUGAUUCAUGGCAACCAAUUAUCGAAUUCUUGGACGACCAGCACGAGUCCUACAUGCUUCAGGAGCAGCAGCCCCGCCGAACCGACAAGAUUGACAUGCGUGUUCACGCAUGCUUGUACUUCAUCCGCCCCACCGGACACACCCUGAAGCCUCUCGACAUCGAGGUGAUGAAGCGCCUGAGCUCUCGCGUCAACCUGAUCCCCGUGGUGGCCAAGGCUGACACACUGAGCCACGCCGAUCUGAUUCGCUACAAGGAGAGAAUUCGCGCUGUUAUUGAGGCCCAGGGCAUCAAGAUUUACUCCCCACCCGUCGAGGAGGACGAUGAGCACGCCGCUUCCCACGCCCGCAGCCUGAUGGCCGCCAUGCCUUUCGCCGUCAUUGGUUCCGAGAAGGAUGUUCAGUCUAACGAUGGUCGUGUUGUCAAGGGUCGUCAGUACGCUUGGGGUGUGGCCGAGGUGGAGAACGAGGAUCACUGCGACUUCAAGAAGCUGCGCUCAAUCCUGAUCCGCACUCACAUGCUCGACCUCAUUCACACCACGGAAGAAUCGCACUACGAGGCCUACCGUGCCCAGCAGAUGGAGACCCGCAAGUUCGGCGAGGCUCGUCCCCGCAAGCUCGACAACCCCAAGUUCAAGGAGGAAGAGGAGACUCUGCGCAAGCGUUUCACCGAACAGGUCAAGGUCGAGGAGCAGCGUUUCCGCCAGUGGGAGCAGAAGCUCAUCUCCGAGCGCGACCGUCUCAACAAGGAUCUCGAGGCUACUCAUGCUGCGUAUGUUCUGGACCCCUUGGGGCAAUCUUCAUGUACUAACCGCGCGCAGGAUCAAAUCCCUCGAGCAGGAGAUCGAGGGCCUGCAGGGCUCCAGCACCCGCAGCCACGGACGUCGUUAAGAUGUUACGUUUCUGCCGGGCGUCUGCUCGAUUUCUUCAAAAGGGGAGCAGUCAAACCAUGGUCAUGUUUUUGUCUUCUGUUUGGCUACCCUACGUCUUGCCGUUCGCGCUUGGGAGCACCUUCGUCUUGGAGGGCUGGUUCGUUUUUCUGUUAUAUCCAUUUACCGCUGGUAGCUAGCGAUGGUGUGUCUACAACUUUGAUAAUACCUUCUUCUGUAUUCCGUAGCGUGAAAUACAGUAUUAAUUUCUUUUGGGCAAUAUUGGUGCAAAUAGUAUUGAGUAGCGAAAAGGAUCUACGCCCCGUCAAUGCGGUAACUUAUUCAAACGCCGGUGGCACCUACGUCCUCACGGGCUCCUCGGACAAAGCCGUGCACCUGUCGCGCGCAAUUCCCAAUGACUCCAAUGGCCCCAGCCCAGCGGAGACCACAUCUCCGAUCCAAAAAUACGAUGCGCACGGCUACUCAGUGCUCGACGUGGCUGUCGCAACAGACAAUGCCCGCUUUGCCAGCGUAGGAGGCGACCGCCAAAUGUUUCUCUGGGAUGUAGAACAGGGAGUCACGACCCGUCGCUGGUCCGGCCACAACAGUCGCAUAGAAGCCGUCCAGUUCGCGGGCGAAGGCGACUCCGUCGUUGUCACGGGCAGCGCUGACACCACCAUCAAUCUUUGGGAUACGCGCGCUUCAUCCUUUAAGCCCAUACAGACUCUUUCCGAUGCUGCCGAUACUGUUUCUUCCCUACACGUGCAUGGUCCUACUUAUUCGAUUGCAAGUGGUAGUUAUGAUGGUCAUGCGCGCAUCUAUGAUGUUCGUACCGGAAAGAUGACCGUCGAUGUCCUUGCGCACCCCGUUACGAGCGUUCGUUGCUCUGACGAUGGAAAUGGCCUGUUGGUUUCUACGCUAGAUGGUUAUAUCCGAAUGCUAGAUCGGAUGGAUGGGAAGCUUUUAAAAGCCUUUGGCGGCCCAGCGCGGCCCGGAAUGAUGAUCUCGAAGCUUCAAUAUCGCAACAAGGAGUUGAGGGUUCGCUCCGUCUUCGCACAGGGUGGCGCUGUUGUAUUGAGUGGGGGCGAGGCCGGUGAGGCAGGGGCAGGGGCUUUUGCUUGGGAUGUUAUUAAAGGGGAGGUUGUUGCGGCCGUUCCUGUUGGGGAAAAGGUCAAGGCCGUGAGUUGUGUGGCAUGGAAUGAGAAGGGGGGAAAUUGGGCUGCUGGUUGCUCUGAUGGUACGGUCAGAGUCUAUGGCUGA